AACAAUUUUCUGAAAUAUCUUGCUUUAGUUGAGCGUUGGGCCCCUCUUUCUGUGUCUCCCCAUCUUCUUUCCAUCUUGAUUACAUUGAUUAGGUUCAGUUUCUUCCUCAUAGUCUCGCCAUUUCUCUCCGAAUUUUCAACUCGAUCGGAAGAAGAGCUUCCACACUUGUCCAUUAUUCAAUUCAAUAUCUCGGUAUUCUGUAAUUCGGUGCUGAAAAGGGUUUUUUUGUUUUGAUCUUUAUCGAUCUUCGUCUCCAUGUCGAUGCUUAACUCCUUCUUCAACAAGGGCUUCAAGGCUGCCCAAUGUAAAACACUGCUUAAAUUGACAAUUCCACGAAUAAAGCUGCUGAGGAAUCGAAGGGAGAUCCAGCUUAAGCAGAUGCGCCGAGACAUAGCUAAGCUUCUCGAGACAGGACAAGAAGCUACUGCGCGCAUCCGGGUAGAGCAUAUAAUCAGAGAAGAGAAUAUGAUGGCUGCUCAGGAAAUUCUUGAAUUGUUUUGUGAGCUUAUUGUUGUUCGCCUUCCAAUUAUUGAGACUCAAAGGGAAUGUCCUCUAGACUUGAAAGAGGCAAUCUCAAGUGUGUGUUUUGCUGCUCCAAGGUGUGCUGAUCUUACAGAGCUUCUCCAGGUUCAGAUGCUUUUUGCUGCUAAAUAUGGGAAGGAAUUUGUAUCAGCUGCAACUGAGCUCAUGCCUAACUGUGGUGUUAAUCGUCAGCUGAUAGAGCUUCUUUCCGUUCGUGCUCCUUCACCUGAAAAGAAACUGAAGCUGUUAAAGGAAAUCGCCGAAGAUCACAACUUAGAUUGGAAUCCUGCUGAAACUGAAGCUGAGUUUAACAAAUCUCCAGAAGAUUUGCUUAAUGGAUCAGCGCAGUUUGUCAGUGCAUCAAAAUUACCCCUUCCUCAAGAGAAUCACAAUGAAGCAUACAAUGCUACUCCUGAUUUGGCUAGUUCACCACAACCUGAUUCUGAUUCUGAAUUGGACAUGUUAGACUUUCCUGAAGUUCCAAAGAUAUCGGUAUGUCCACAGCCUAAUACAGAUGCUGGCUCUGCAUCAUCAAUGAUGCCACCUCCAUCCGUGCCGCCAGCGUCUGAAACCAAUCAUGCUUCAUUGAAGUAUUCUGAUAUUCCUGAAACACCACCACAAGAUCUACACUUGAGACAUGAGGAGGUGACUUCAGUGAGAUCUGUUUCACCCAGCACCGAUCAAAUGAAUAUUUCUGUUGGUGAAGAUAAACAGUUUUUGCCUUUUAUUACUCCCCCAUCAUUGUCAUCGUCAUUCUCUCAUAGACAAACUGAUUUUUUGCCACCCUCUGAUUCAACGGCCCCUGAGGAGAAGUUUGGUUUCAAACCACGGAUUGAACAGGAGAUAAAUUCACCACUACCCUCUGUUUCAAGGACCGCCGAAGAGAAGUUUGGUUUCAAACCACGGUUCGAACCAGAGAUAAAUGCACCACCGUCCUCUGUUUCAAGGACAAUGAGUGAGGUCAAUGAGGAUGUUGGUGUGGAUUUGCAGGACGUGUUGGCAGCUGCUCAGGCUGCUGCUGAAACUGCUGAACGUGCUGCGGCUGCAGCUCGCUCUGCAGCUAGUCUUGCAAAGGUUAGAAUUGAUGAGCUCACAAAGAAAAAGAAUGAUAAGGACCCUGAAAUUAGUUGUGAAAAUCCGUUCCACGGAGCUACUGCAAGUUCACCAGAUCAUAAAGAAACAUUCCAACUAAACCAACAAGAUUAUCUGGGGCAUCAUUCUAGUUCUAUGCCAUAUUAUUCACAAGAUUCUUUCCAAGAACGUCACAUAGUAAGCCACAGUUUGGAUGUUUCUGAGCACCACCAGCCCGAGCCAGAGAAAUUGGGUUUCGAUUCCUCUCCUGGUGAUUCACCAUCUGCACACAUAGCAGUCCCUCAUCAGCCCCAGAGGCUCCCAUCAAUGGACGACGACCCAUACUUUUCAUACCCGAACUUAUUUACACCACAGAAACCAAAUCCAGGAUCAGAUCAUCCAUCAGCUGGUGGUUCCUGAUAUCCAUGAGGUUUGAUAUAUAUUCCAUGUCUUCUAGGCUCGAGGUUUGGUGAAUUGAUAUUUUGUUCAGCUUUCAUAAUGAGUUUUCAAUAUCUCCUUUAGAGCUAGGGAAAAAAAACAGUGAAGAUAUAUUGUACAAUUAUUGGUUUCUUUUUAUGUAUAUUUUUCAAGCCCUUUAAUUUGUAUCUUUGAUCACAA